CAUAGGAAAAAAAAAAAAAAAAAACUCCGGCGGUCGGAAAAUGGGUCAGAAAGGGUAUCAAUCGCCGGCGAAGAAAGUGUUGUCAUGGAUUCGGAAAAAAUCGAAAAAAGUGAAAAUCUUUUUGGGUUUAAUCACAGCAAUCAGUCUAUUGGUGACUCUUAAGUUAGUUGUUCAUGAUCACAACCUCUUCUUUGUUAUAGCUGAAGCUAUUCAUUUGAUUGGACUUUUGGUUUUGAUUUACAAAUUGACAACACUCAAGACUUGCUCUGGUCUUUCAUUGAAGACUCAAGUGCUUACAGCUAUAUUUUUGGCCGUAAGAUUAUACUGUAGUUUCAUCAUGGAAGCAGAUAUCCACACUGUGCUAGAUUUUAUCACCCUUGUGGCAACAGUGUGGGUCAUUUAUAUGAUGAAGUUCAAGCUGAAGGCAUCCUACAUGGCAGAACUGGAUAACAUGCCCUUAUACUAUCCGAUAGUUCCUGCCGCAGCUUUAGCCUUCUUUGUCCAUCCUACUACAAGCCAUAUUCUGAUAAACCGAAUGCUUUGGGCUUUUUGUGUAUAUCUGGAAUCCGUCUCAGUACUGCCUCAGCUUCGCUUGAUGCAGAAUGUUCAGAUAAUUGAGCCAUUUUCAGCUCAUUAUGUUUUCGCACUGGGCGUUGCAAGAUUCUUGGGUUGUGCUCAUUGGAUUAUUCAGGUUUAUGACACUGCUGGAGCAUAUAUUUACUUGGCUGGACGCGGUUAUUUCUGGAUACCUACAGUCUUUUUGGCAGAAAUGGUUCAAACGUUCAUCUUGGCGGAUUUCUGUUAUUAUUACGUAAAAAGUGUCAUGAGCGGCCAGUUGAUCGUUCGCCUGCCAACGCCGGUGUGAUACACUAAGAGACUGUAACAUUUUGUUAAUUCUUAAGUUAUUAUGUGGAAUUUCUCCAUCCUUUUUCUUUGACAAAGAAGCAAAAGUUUUUGUUGUGGAUAUUGGAUAGAGACCGUGACUAGAACAAACUCCAUUUUGAAGAAUUUGCAGAACUUUGCCCUUUU